UCUACAUCAACAAGAAAAUGGGUUUGGGGAAAAAUGGAGGAUUCUACAGACCUGGUUCUGAAUUUGGAGCAAAAAGUUGCCAAGGAAAACCAUUUAAAUUAUUUUAAUUUGUUUAAUUUCAACACAAUGCUCCUCAUUCCCAUCAUGAUUUUGACUACUAUGAUAUUGAUAAGACCAUGUAUUUCUUAAGUUUUACAAAAGACUCUCCAUUCAACUCCACAGUUGAAUAUACACCUCCCAAACUAAACAGUUAAUAUAAUGCUGAAUAUAGGGGAGAACUGCUAAGGCUGCUAUAUGUGUGCAAGCAGACAAAGUUACAGAACAUUAGAAUUAUUUAGAGGGUUUCUAACUUCAGUAGCUGUGUACAAUGGCAUUCUUCAAGAGCUUCCAGCAAAGCAUCAGUCUUCCAUCUGUGUCCUCUAUUGUUGGCACUCUAAGCAGUGCGGUGGAUGAUAUCACAAGCGUUGUUGAAGAGGUCAGCAGCAGUGUGGCGGACUCGGUCACUGAACAGGUGACAAGCAUGAUACAUGGUUUGCGUACAGAGGAGGGAGAAAACCAUAUGGCCACAGAAGAGAAUUCGUCUAGGCCAAAUGCAGAAAAUGUAUCACAAGGACCUUCUACGUAUGGCUAUGGAGUUAAUUCAAACAUACCAAACGUUGACAUUCAAACUGACUCUGUAAAUUAUGACAGAUCAGACAGGUCCUCACAUCGCAGGCAAGAACAAAAACAAAACCAUUAUGAUUCACCAGAAUAUUCCAGUAAUGCUGACCAUCAAAGGCAACGCACUUCAGCAGGUCGACAUCAAGAAGCUGAGGACAUGUCUUAUUUAAACUGCGACUUUCCAUCAGAUACAUAUAAGGAUAAGAAAGGGAGGCUUAAACGAUCAAAAGAAAAUAUAGAUGAAGAUAACGAAAGUGAAAGUGGCUAUGGCUUUACAAAUGCUCAUCAUCGUAGUGACAAAUACGAAGCUGGAGGCAAAUCCAAGACCAUUUCUCAUAAAAACACUGACAGUGAAGGAACGCACAAAGUGAAACAAAGGACACAUGGAAAUAACAAAGCAAACUAUGAUUCAGAAGAGAACUCAAAUAAUAUUGAGGGAUCAAAAGAGGUGCGACAUGGUUAUACCAACAAUACACAUUCUAAUAAACAAGAUAUUAACAACCGCAAAGUCGCCCACAAAGAAACUACUCAGAGUGAUAUUAAACAAAGGAGAAAUCCCAGUGAUAAGGAGAAAUCUCCAUGCAAGGGUAAGGACAGAUCAGCAAGUAGGAGGAAAAGCAGAGCUGUAGAGGAAGGAAGAGACAAGAGCAAAUCAAAGAACGUAGGUCGAGACUUUCAUGGGUCAUCAUCAGAAAGUGAAGACGAAGUCCUGGGUAAAUACCAAGAAGCAAUGACGCGACAGCACACCAACCGGAACACCACAGAUAAGCAACAAAACUACACCUGGGAAACAAGGCAGAAAUACAGUCCAUUGUCUGCCGAGUAUGAUGGGUAUAGCAGCGAGGUGUCCGCUGAUGAAGCAAACUGUAUCCAGAGAAUGAGGAGGACACCGCCCCUAGACGAACUGCAGCCACCUCCAUACCAAGACGACAGCGGCUCUCCUCGCCUUUCGUGCACCCCUUCUGAAAUUGGCGACAGCAAAUGUGAACUUUCCCGCUGUAGCAAUAGCCCCAGAUAUUCCUUUACCAAAUGCCCCAGUGAAGGAAGCAUGGGCCAUGAAGCUGAAAGCUUCCAGAACAAGGGAUAUGAAGAGGACGUUCCGAGUGAUAGCACUGCUGUUCUAAGUCCAGAAGAUAUGUCAGCCAGAGGAUCAUCUUCACAGCUUCCUAAAUCUUUUGAUCCGGAGCCAGUAGCUAAAUACGGCACUUUGGAUGUAACUUUUGACUAUGAUUCACAAGAACAGAAACUUCUAGUUACGGUGACAGCUGUCACAGACCUGCCCACACACAACAGGACAGGGAAUAAUAAUUCGUGGCAGGUCCAUCUCGUGCUGCUGCCUGUGAAGAAGCAGAGGGCAAAGACCGCCGUCCAAAGGGGGCCGUGCCCGGCCUUCACAGAAACAUUCAAAUUUAAUCACAUUGAGUCAGAAAUGAUUGCAAAUUACGCAGUGCGGUUUAGACUGUACCUGGUACGGAGAAUGAAGAAGGAGCGCAUGGUGGGGGAGAAGAUCUUUUACCUCACAAAGCUGAAUCUGCAAGGAAAACUGUCACUCCCGGUGGUACUGGAACCUGCCUACAGUCUAUCAGGCUGCGAUUCCCAAAUGAGCAUGUCGGAAAUGUCUUGCACAGAGAGCACCUCCUCCUGCCAGUCACUGGUCCACGGCUCGGUUCCCGAGAUACUGAUCGGCCUGCUUUAUAAUGCCACCACUGGAAGGCUCUCCGCUGAAGUGAUAAAAGGCAGCCACUUCAAAAACCUGUCAGCCAACAGGCCUCCCAAUACCUAUGUAAAGUUAACCCUGAUGAAUUCCAUGGGGCAGGAAAUGUCAAAAUGUAAGACCUCUAUCCGACGAGGCCAGUCCAACCCGCUGUACAAGGAGACCUUCAUAUUCCAGGUUGCUCUCUUUCAGCUCUCAGAAGUGACUCUCAUUUUGUCUGUCUAUAAUAAACGCAGCAUGAAGCGCAAGGAAUUGAUAGGCUGGAUAUCCUUAGGUCUGAAUAGCUCAGGCGAUGAACAGCUUAAUCAUUGGACUGAAAUGAAGGAGUCGAAAGGACAGCAAGUAUGUAGAUGGCACACGCUGCUGGAAUCCUAAUUGCGAUCAGAACCUCUCUUGUGACUCAAGAGGAAUCAUCUGCUCUUUGAAAGGACUCGAUCUAAUUUAGCCACCUGCAGAAGAUCUCCGGUGGCUGCUAAUAGGUUUGGCACGCUGAGCCAGGCUGCGAACGCAGGGGGGAAAGGUUUUAUGCUACAGUGUGUGCAUUUCUGCGUCGGAGCAAAGAUGGAACAUCCACAGCAGACCCAGUUAUUCCCAGAACUUCCUUAGGUGCUUAUUUUCAUUCGUUUUCUUUUUUAAACAAAUCUGAACACCAGCUUUACAGCUAAAGUCUUUCUAUACUUCAGUGUCGGAAGCGCUUCUAUAAAAAAACAAAAACAAGAUAAAUUACAUUUUGGAAUAUUGUUAGGAAGACGAGAGAUAAAAUUUAGAUUUUUUUGUGUUUUUUUCCUAUUUCUAUUGUUUCUUUUAAUGUGCGAUGUGUUGCAGACACUUCAAAAGCACACGAUAUCUAAAAUAAAAAAAAAUCAUGGA